UUAAGACCUAAUAUUAAGCAAUUAAUUAAUCGUUUGUUUCUCAUAAAACGGCCUCGGCUGCAUUAGCCUAUAGAUUAUUUUUUUUUAUUCCAAAUGUGAUCGUUUGCCUAAGUACUAGAUGUGUUGGGGAAUUGAGCAUGUAACAUUUUAAUUAUAUUCCGCUGAAAUUAACGAAAUGACUCGGCGGGGGGGGGUUUCAUUCAUUUUACUGAACGAGAUUCAAAGAGCCGAAUCAGUAAAAUGAUCCGAACUUCCCUUCACUAGUUGCGCGAGUCCCAACACGAGGUGUUCCUAGCUCCGCCCUCCGGUCUCUCAGCCAAUCAGCGGCGUCGAGCGCCCUCACAGCCACAGCGCGCGCGUUCAGCGCUGUCUCUUUAAGGAGCUGUCAAAUCUGAUUAAAUCCGAUCCUGAAACCCAUGUUGUCUCUGCGUUUAUCUGUGCUGUAGCGCACGCGCGCACUCCUUUUUUUUAUUUUCUUCCUUUCUUUCUUUUCUUUUCUUUUUUUUUUUAAAUUCGCGUUUCGCAUUCGCUCUGUAAACACUUCUGACAUGGAUCAGACCGCAAACUCCUUCGGAUAAAGUCGCCUAGGAACUCGGAUCCGAGGAGCGCAGACAGGCAAAGAGACGCAAAGAGAGGCGCGAAGUUGUCCUGUGCGCGUGUGCUCAGUGCGCACACGCGCACACCUGGAGUGGGGGAGAAAUAAACGGUCCAAAGCAUCGAGACGGGUAUGGUGCUGAAGAGCAGGUGAGAGCGGAGCAGAACCGAGACGGAAAAUGCAGAAGAGCGUUCGCUACAAUGAGGGACACGCACUGUUUCUGUCCGUGGUGGCGCGCAAAGAGGGCACCAAGCGCGGCUACCUCAGCAAGAAGACGACGGAAAACAGCAAGUGGCACGAGAAGUUUUUCGCCCUCUACCAAAACGUGCUCUUCUACUUCGACUCUGAGCAAAGUGCUCGACCCUCGGGCAUUUAUCUCCUGGAGGGCUGCACAUGUGAACGAGUCCCGGCGCCUAAAGUGUCCACCGGAGGCAAGGAGACCCUGGAUAAACAGCACUAUUUCCUCAUUGUGUUUGGCCAUGAUGGCCAGAAGCCUCUGGAGCUCCGUGCUGAUGAGGAAGCAGAGUGUGAUGAAUGGGUGGAGACCAUCCAACAAGCCAGCUAUUCAGACAUUAUCAUCGAGCGGGAAGUGCUCAUGCAGAAAUACAUCCACCUGGUGCAGAUUGUGGAGACGGAGAAGGUGGCAGCCAAUCAGCUGCGCACCCAGCUGGAGGACCAGGACACCGAGAUUGAGAGACUCAAAUCAGAGAUUGUAGCCUUGAACAAAACCAAGGAGAGGAUGCGGCCUUACCAAGUGAACCAAGAGGAAGACGAUCCAGACAUCAAGAAGAUUAAAAAGGUCCAGAGUUUCAUGCGAGGCUGGCUGUGUCGGAGGAAGUGGAAGAUCAUUGUUCAGGACUACAUCUGCUCUCCUCAUGCCGAGAGCAUGAGGAAGAGAAACCAGAUUGUCUUUAACAUGGUGGAGGCUGAGACCGAGUAUGUCCACCAGCUGUCGAUCCUGGUGAACUGCUUCCUCAGGCCACUCCGCAUGGCUGCUAGCUCUAAAAAACCUCCCAUUAGCCAUGAUGACGUCAGCAGCAUCUUCCUCAACAGUGAAACAAUCAUGUUUUUGCACGAGAUAUUCCACCAAGGCUUGAAGGCAAGGAUAGCGAACUGGCCCACACUGGUUUUAGCUGAUCUCUUCGACAUUUUGCUGCCUAUGCUGAACAUCUACCAGGAGUUUGUACGGAACCACCAGUACAGCCUGCAGGUUUUAGCGAACUGUAAACAGAACAGGGAUUUUGACAAGCUGCUGAAACAAUACGAGUCCAAUGCUGCGUGUGAGGGAAGGAUGCUAGAAACCUUCCUCACAUAUCCCAUGUUUCAGAUCCCACGCUAUAUUAUAUCUCUACAUGAACUCUUGGCUCAUACGCCGCACGAGCAUGUAGAGCGGAAGAGUCUGGAGUUUGCCAAGUCGAAGCUUGAAGAGCUGUCCAGGGUCAUGCACGAUGAGGUGAGUGACACGGAGAACAUCCGCAAGAACCUGGCUAUCGAGCGCAUGAUUGUAGAAGGUUGUGACAUCCUCCUCGACACCAGUCAGACGUUUGUGAGACAAGGCUCUUUGAUCCAGCUCCCCUCAGUGGAGAGGGGGAAGCUCAGCAAGGUACGACUGGGUUCUCUCUCUCUGAAGAAAGAAGGAGACAGGCAGUGCUUCCUGUUCACCAAGCAUUUCCUCAUCUGUACCCGUAGCUCAGGAGGCAAGCUGCACCUGCUCAAACAAGGUGGCGUACUAUCCCUGAUCGAGUGCACCCUCAUCGAGGAACCCGACGCCAAUGAUGAAGACUCUAAGACCUCAGGGCAGGUGUUUGGCCAUCUGGACUUUAAGAUCGUGGUGGAACCUGCAGACACUCCUGCAUUUACAGUGGUGCUUCUGGCUCCAUCACGCCAGGAGAAGGCAGCCUGGACCAGCGACAUCAGCCAGUGUAUUGAUAAUAUCCGCUGUAAUGGCCUGAUGACCAGUGUGUUUGAAGAGAACUCCAAAGUCACUGUGCCGCACAUGAUCAAAUCUGAUGCGCGUCUCCAUAAAGACGAUGUUGACAUUUGCUUCAGCAAGACGCUCAACUCCUGCAAGGUUCCCCAGAUCCGCUAUGCCAGCGUUGAGCGGCUGCUGGAGAGGCUGACAGACCUGCGCUUCCUAUCUAUCGACUUCCUUAACACCUUCCUGCACACGUAUCGCAUCUUUACCUCCGCUGCUGUGGUCAUGGACAAGCUGGCGGACAUCUAUAAGAAGCCCUUCACCUCCAUUCCAGUCAGGAUCCAGUAUCCUUCAUUCGAUCGCUUGUCUAUCACAUCCUUCUGUCCAGAUUACAGCUUGAAGAUGAGGAAGAUAGCCAUGGACCAAUCAAAGUCCCUGGAGCUUUUCUUCGCUACCAACCAGAACAACCGCUCCAGCAGCACGGGCAGUGAGCAUCCAAACGAGAAAUCUCCUCGCCUGCGCAGGAAAUUCUCCUCGCCUCCUCCUCUCUCCAUCCCCUCACGCACGUCCUCUCCUGUGCGAGCCCGUAAGCUCUCCCUCAACUCUCCGCUCGGCUUCAGGGUGGCUGCACUGGACCUCUCCAUCCCGAUCUCCUCCUCCGCCACCAACAGCCCCACCUCAGCUAACCCCUGCAUCUCGCCUCCUCCCUCCUCCAACAUCAAGUCUCCUCAGGAUCCUUCACCUGAGCAGAGUCCUGGCGCCAAUGAUGACGGUGCAGACACACCACGCAUCGACGCGCUCUCUGGAAAACUGCGCCGUAGCAUUCGGAGAGCUGUCCUAGAAUCAGCUUCAAUGGAGAAGUUCAUUCCUGAGUCACCACAAGGCAGUGAAGCUGGAGAUCUCUCGCCCUGCAGGUCGCCGUCUACACCACGACACAUGCGCUUCAGAGGUCCUGGAGUCCCAGCAGUAGAGAACUCGCGCUGUUCAGUGUCUCCAGCUUCAGCCUUCGCUAUUGCAACAGCCGCCGCUGGCCACAGCAGCCCUCCAGUUUUCAACAACUCUGAGAGAAUGUGUGACAAAGAGUUCAUCAUCCGAAGAGCAGCCACUAACCGGGUUCUGAAUGUCCUGCGCCACUGGGUCUCCAAACACUCCCAGGACUUUGAGCUGAAUAGAGAGUUGAAGAUGGGCGUGAUGAUCCUCCUGGAAGAGGUGCUGAGAGAUCCUGACCUGCUCCCUCAGGAGAGGAAAGCCACCGCAAACAUACUGAAUGCUCUUUCACAAGAUGACCAGGACGAUGCUCAGCUGAAGAUAGAGGACAUUCUGCAGAUGGCUGAAUUCCCAAAGGCAGAGUGCUUUGAAUCACUAUCAGCAAUGGAGAUAGCUGAGCAGAUCACACUUCUAGACCACAUCAUUUUUCGAAGCAUCCCUUAUGAGGAGUUUCUGGGCCAAGGCUGGAUGAAGAUGGACAAGAAUGAAAGAACUCCGUACAUCAUGAAGACCAGCCAACAUUUCAAUGAUAUGAGUAACCUGGUAGCCUCGCAGAUUAUGAGCCACACAGAUGUAGGCUCCAGGUCGAGCUCCAUAGAGAAAUGGGUGGCCGUAGCCGAUAUAUGCCGCUGUCUGAACAAUUACAACGGCGUACUGGAGAUCACCUCUGCCCUGAACCGCAGUGCCAUCUACAGGCUGAAAAAAACCUGGGCUAAAAUCAGUAAACAGACGAGAGCGCUCAUGGAUAAGCUCCAGAAGACGGUGUCAUCAGAGGGACGAUUUAAAAACCUGAGGGAAACCUUGAAAAACUGUAAUCCACCAUGCGUCCCUUAUCUGGGCAUGUACUUGACAGACCUGGCGUUUAUUGAGGAAGGAACCCCAAACUUCACUGAAGAGGGUUUGGUCAACUUCUCAAAGAUGAGAAUGAUAUCCCAUAUUAUCCGUGAGAUCCGACAAUUCCAGCAAACUCCAUACAGAAUUGAGCACCAGCCGAAGGUCACGCAGUACCUACUGGAUAAGGCCUUGAUCAUGGAUGAAGACACACUGUAUGACUUGUCUCUAAAGAUCGAACCCAGGCUUCCUGCUUGACCUGCAGACUCGACAUGAGACCUCCGUCUACCAAACAUGCUUCUCUUUCACAGGCUUUACUGACGCCAUGAUGUUUGCUGCCAUGGUAAAGCGUUACCAGUGUGGAGAGUAAGGACUAAAUGUAGAGCAGAAAGUCAUCGUUUGAAGUUUGCUGAAGAUCAAUUAGGCCUGAGCUCACUCCAUUGCCACUGUGUUGCAAGUCAAGGACUGUGAGUGUUCAGGUGAAAGCAGUGACCACGUGGUGAAGAAGAGAAUGGAGAAGAAAUGUAGCAUGUACAGCAGCAGAACUCUGUCCCGGAGGAGAGUGGUUCAAGUACUGUUCUUUCAUAGCUCAUGCUGGUAACUUUGUGCGUGUUUAAGACUGUGGGUUCUGUCUUUCGCCCUCGUCUCUCCAAGUCUGAUCUCUCCGAGCUGCACGGCAAACGACGACAUGCUUGGUACUUCCAUUUGUUUGGCAUUCUGCCAGUCUCGGUACAUUUAUGUCUGUUUUGCCACAGGACAGUUGCAGUGAACCAAAACAGUAGAUUGUUAUCUAACGGCCGAGUUUGUCAGGGAAAGGAUGUGGAAUGUACAGUAGCUCUUGACAGAUUCCAGCAGGUCACAGAUAACUUUUUAUGGAGACGGUGCUUCAUAAAAUGAUGUAUGCUUUGUUUUUCGAUCCUCUUGAAUGAUAUCACGAUAAAUUAUAUUAUACAAAACAAAUAAUUAUCCAGAAAAAUAUACGUCAUUAUUUAAUAUUGAUUAUUAUUGGGCGUGUAUAAGGUGCCAUCUAGACAUAAAUAUCGAUUGUUUCCUAAACAGUUAUUAAAUGGGAGUAUAUUUGAGCCACUAUAACAACUUGAUAAACUUUUGAUGACAGAUUGAUGGAAAUUUAGCUUUAAAAAUAUUCAAGCAUUCCUUGUUGGAUUCGGAUCACAGAGUUAUAUAUAUAUAUAUAUAUAUUAAUAAAAAAAAGCUGAAAAGAAAACUAGUAACCAUUUUAUAUGGUAUGACUGUAGCCGAAAUGAUCUGUACAAAAUUUAUUACCCCCCCCCCCCCCAUUUAAACUCCUCUAACCGGUGCACACAACUACCAAAGCUGAGCAGAUAUUAUUUGGCUGUUGGGUCAUUCGUUGUUUAAUAAUAUCUAAUAAUAAUAAUAAUAUCUUGCCAGCAGAGUAGAGGGGGCUGGGAAAUUGUGUUUAAAAAAAGAUGGGCUAAGGUCAGUAACUGUACUCCUACAAAAUUCACCUUUAUGGUCGGUGAACACGAUAAAACGACCAAUAAGUGCAUGAAGAAGGUCUAUAAAUAAUGUUGUGUCUUUGCCUCUUAUAUAUAUAUAUAUAUAUAUAUAUAUAUAUAUAUAUAUAUAUAUAUAUAACAAAGGUGAUAUACGGUGAAUAAAUUAAAAAUAUAUAUCUUUGAGGGGAGGUCAGAUUGUAGCAUUUCAUUAAGCACAGAAAUAAAGCUUAGGUCAUUUUGCACUCUGUUAUUAUAAUAUAAGGAUGGCUGAUUCUGAAAGCAUUUCAGUUCGAAACACAGAAUGGACCCAGACUGGUCUUUGUUAAAGCCGCCAAUUUGGGGUAGCUGCUUGAUUUCUUUCAGUACAUUACACUAAAAUGGUAGUGUCAGUCUUUUAAUUGUUUUGCAUGCAACAGAUCAUGUUUGCAUGCUUGAGAACUACAUGAAAGAUGUUCUGUGUUGAUGUUUCACAGCUGUAUAGUCUUUCUUCAAACCUCAGAAGAACAAUAGAUGACUUUCCAGUGGACUGCACUUUUUUUUUUUCUUUUUUUUUUUUCCUUCACCCUUUAUGCUCAUGAAAACUGGAAAUUUCAUAUGCAUAUGCUGGCAGAGAGCUGUCAAUCUGGCCAUAAAUAUAAUAUCUACCACUGUGCUAUACGAAGACAAUAUUAUUUUUGUCUGACAUAAUUUUAUUCCGAUCGAUUUCUCUUGUUCGAGUGCGUGGGUGUAUGCAUUGAAGACAAACGAGGCAGGUUAUAGUAGUGUAUGGGUUGCACUUUCAGCAAUGUAGCAUUGCUUACCUGAGUGUGUUAUAGUAAUAUUUAUUUCUUGGCAUAUUUAUUUGACCUUUUCUGUAAAUACAGUAGUAUGUCACACAUGGGAUUAUGUUAUGGUGGUUUUUAUUAUUAAUGUUAUGUAAUACUUUGAUUUUGCAAUGAUUUUUCAAGCACUUCUAGUGUACUGUUCUACUUUGCAAAACCAGACAAAAGAAAUGUAGCAUAUCGGAUUGGAUUUCUGUCAUUUAUCUUGCUUUAAUUAUUAUUAUUUUUUAAAUGACAUGUAUGUAAUGUGCAUCUUGGCAUCGCAUUGCUGUUGAGCGCUGCAUGUUGAUGCAUGUCUACGCUGGACAUGUAUGUAUAGCUUCAGCGGUACUGUUCCAGGCUUUCAUUUGAAAUAAAACUUCAUGCUCAUUG